AUGCACCUGACGAACGUGCUGGUUUCCCUGUUCUCUUUCUGGGAGUGCGGGCCCCCGAAGGCGAAGGCGAGCUACCCCGACCUCCAGUGGUCUCCUGCACGGAGGGUGGCUGUGGAUAACCUUUAUCAGGACCUGUUCGAGUUCUCCCGCGCGGCUGGGCGUGAUGUUCAGCCGACGCGAGGGCUUGCGAGGCUGCAGAAGUUGGCCUCUGAAUUGAUUGCCCUGCCUGGGAGUUCUUAUGACAGGCGUCUACGCCCUGAAGGAGACCCUGGGUGGGACAUGCAUGUGGGGCAGCUGUCGGCGGACACGCUGGCGCGGGCGUUGGAGGUGCAGCCCGAGCGCGUGAAGUUGAAGACGCCUGGCCCGGGCUGCGAUCCUGCCGACCACCUCGCGGGCUGGCAGCUCGAGGAGUACAUCGGCUACCUGGGCCGCUGCUUGGCUCCGGGCGACUGGCCUGCCAUCCUUCCGAGGAGAUGUCACCGCAUCUCGAAGGACAACGAGCUGAUCUUGGCCCAGGACUUGCUGGGCCGCGGGAUGGCGAUCCUGGUCCCAGCCUCGGAGGUGCCCCGCGACAAGAACGGAUGCGUGCUAGCGUCUGGUUGGUUCGCAGUGGAGCACAGUGAGCAGUGGGGCCGUCUGAUCCAAGACAGGCGCCCUCAGAGCGCGACCGAGGAGCGGUUGGCCUGGCUGCAGUUGCCGUCGGGCGAGCAGCUCAAGUUGCUGAGGCUGAAGGGGCCGACCGAGCACGUGAGGGGCACCGUCUACGACCUCAAGCCCUACUUCUACCAGGUGAAGCGGCCGACAGGAACGGAGCCCCGUCAUGUGGUUGGGCGGCCGUGGCAGGGCCGCUUGCUGGGCUCGUGCGCGACCGAGCCGAACACCAACUACUACCUGGCGUUGACUGUGUGGGGCAUGGGCGACGCCAACCCGUGUGACGUCUGCCAAGAGACGAAUGUGAGCAUUCUGAAGAAGCAGGGCUGCAUGACUCCAGCCGAGUCGUUGAACGCUCAGCUGACCGCGCCGAUCGGGAAGACCUGGGAGGGGAACUACCUCGACGACCACUUGACGGUGCAGGUGUUCUCGGAGGGCGAGGACAAGAGCAAGCUGCGAGACGUGGAGAUCAACGAGCGGGCGAAGCAGGCGUGGGAGGCUGCAGGGCUGCCGCGCUCGGUGGAGAAAGACGUAGUCGAGCAGCCUACCUUCGCCGCCUGGGGCACGGAGGUGCGCGACGACCCGGGCGAGGUCGGCAGUCCGCUGUUCAAGAGGCGGAUCCUUGCAUCGCUGACGUUAGACGUGCUAGAGAGCAAAAAGGUCCCCGAGGUCUCCAGGGCUCUGUAUCGUAUCGGGGCUCAUCGUGGGGAACAUGUGAGGCUCGACUGGAACGAGAUAGACCAGGUGCUCAUGCCGACUAGGAUGCGCAGGCCCGUCAACGAUUUGAAUGAGGCUUUCGCGAGCUUUGAUUGGAAGGUCCAGCGGGGUGGUAGGUUCAGCAAGCACAGCCGCAUCAACCUACAGGAGUUGAGGGCCCUAAAGGGGGAGAUCAGGCGGAGGGGCUUCGACAACAUCCAGAAGGCCCUGCGCGGGAACGUCUUGGGCAGCUCUGGGGUGGCCGCGGCGUCUAGGGCUAGAGACCUCGAGGCCGAGUUCAGUCAUGCGGGGCCCCCGCCAGAGUGGAUCGUGGCGAGCCAGCAGGAGGCGGCCGCCGCAGCCAGGGCGGCAGCAGCUCGCCCCCGGCUGCCUGCGCCGGGCUCGCCGGGCCUGGGACCCGCGCCCGCCGUGGCGCAGGCGCCUGCCGCUGCGCCGCCGGCCGCCGAGGAGGCACUCUCGAGUGCGGCGCCCCGUUGCGACUGGCAGCCGAGAGGAGAGCCCUCCCGUCUGGAGUGGUCCGUGCCGCGAGGACUCGCGAGCCUCUGGCCGAAGCAGGAGUACUUUGCGGGCUGCGGCGCGGUGUCCCGCGCUUGGGCCGCACAAGGGGCCCGCGUGGAGGCCGCUAUCGACGCCUUCCCGCCCUCGGGCUACCGCCCUGAACAGGACCUCCUGAAAGCCGUCAAUGUGCGCCGCGAGCUGGAGCGGAUCCGGGGCCACGCCGUGCGGGUGGGCGCGCGGGCGACCCCCUGCACCUCGUUCGGGCUGCUGUGCCAGAACUGCGGGCCCGGGACUCGGAGCGCCGCGCGGCCGCAGGGUGGCGGUUCCCGCCAGGCAGAGCGGGACGGUAACAGUCUCGCAGUCACGACAGCGGCGGGCUGCCAGGCGCUGGGAGAGGAAGGAGGCCUCUGGGUGGUCGAGAACCCCCGGCGCUCCUGGCUCUUCCGCCAGCCGAGCCUGCAGCGGCUGCUGGGGCGGGAGGGAGUCUACCUCGUCGAGUGCGACAUGUGCCAGUUUGGGCUUGGGCCGCCAGACGACGCCGUGGCCCGCUACAAGAAGAGCACCUGCCUGCUGGGGAACUUCGAGGAGCUCAAGCUGCUGGGCAGGCGCUGCCAAGGACGGUGCAGGCACGUGCGCCUGGAGGGCGGCGUUAAGGUGGACGGACGCUGGCAGAAACGAGCGGCGCUGGCGGCAGCCUACACUGGCGAGUUCGCUGACGCGCUGGUUGUAGCACUGUGGAAGGCGGAGCGAAGGCUCCGCGGCUCGCCGAUGCAG